UCUUAACCUGCUUAAAACUCCCUCCCAGUGUGGUUGGGCACGGCGCGUUAGGGUACGUUCACCCCAUCACAGGCAAGCCCGACCUGGAGCUCGAGUUGAUGAAGCCGGGGCGAGUGCCCAAUUAGUUGUUUUCACGGGCAAACCAGUUAACGUGCUUAUCUCUCUCUCUCUCUCCCCAUCCCGGACGGCGUCGAUUUUAAACGCACUUCACACAUUUCACGUCUCUCCGGCGGCGAGGGGGACUAAGCGCGCGGGGGGGGGCGCACUAUUCUUUUUUGAUGAACUUCGGCGGAUCCCGUCCCCGGUCCCACCCAUAGCUAAUGAAUGGGACUACCCCCCCACCCCUCUCUCUCUCCCUCUCUCUCUCCCCCUGAACCUCCUAUCUCCUCCUUAAAGGAGUGCAGGCCAAUCAGGGAAGGGCGCCGGGCUGGUCGGGCUCACGGAUUUCUCGCUCUGCCGGUCCCCGAGCACCGCUCUUAUCUCAGAAACAAGAACCCAAACUGCGCUCAAUCACAGCGUGAACAUGGGCACUGUCUCCUUUCCAUGGGACUUGUGUUUGUUUUUCCUCCUCAUAAAUACUUGUGCUGUUUCGGGAAACGUUGGACUCGCAGAUGCUGACGAGUGUGCUGAGGGGACGGACGACUGUCACAUCGAUGCCCUUUGCCAGAAUACCCAGAAGUCCUUCAAGUGUAUCUGCAAACCAGGCUACAAGGGAGAUGGGAAGCAGUGUGAAGACAUCGACGAGUGUGACAACGACCACACUGGUGGCUGCGUUCACGAGUGCAUCAACAUUCCUGGCAACUACAGGUGCACAUGCUACGAUGGCUUCAUGCUGGCACAUGAUGGGCACAACUGUAUGGAUGAGGACGAGUGUCAGGACAACAAUGGCGGAUGCCAGCAGAUCUGCGUGAACACCAUGGGGAGCUACGAGUGCUUGUGCAAGGAGGGCUUCUUCCUGAGCGACAACCAGCACACCUGCAUCCACCGCUCUGAUGACGGGAUGAACUGUAUGAACAAAGACCACGGCUGCGCCCACAUCUGCAGGGAGACGCCCAAGGGAGGAGUGGCCUGUGAAUGCCGCCCUGGCUUCGAGCUUGCCAAGAAUCAGAGGGACUGCACACUAACCUGUAACUAUGGGAACGGGGGCUGCCAGCACACCUGCGAUGACACGGACAGUGGGCCUGUGUGUGGGUGCCAUCAGAAGUACGCCUUGCACUCCGACAGCAAAACCUGCAUCGAAACCUGUGCUGUCAACAACGGCGGCUGCGACCGGACCUGCAAAGACACGGCCACUGGAGUGCGAUGCAGUUGUCCGGUAGGGUUCACCCUGCAGCCUGAUGGGAAAACGUGCAAAGACAUCGACGAGUGCCAGGCGCACAACGGGGGCUGUGACCACUUCUGCAGGAACACGGUGGGCAGCUUCGAAUGCAGCUGCCAGAAAGGCUACAAGCUCCUGACAGAUGAGCGCAGCUGCCAAGAUAUUGAUGAGUGCUCCUUCGAAAGGACAUGUGACCACACGUGUAUCAACUACCCCGGCAGCUUUGAGUGCACGUGUCAGAAGGGCUACACACUCUAUGGCCUCACACACUGUGGAGGUACUGUAGGGCUCUGGACCGUCCUGGUGGAUAAUCUGAUUCUGACUGAGGCGGUGAAGUGUCUCCCCAAUGGAAAAGCUGCUCCAAAGGCCCAGUUGGUCUGUGCCAAGACGGGAGGCGUGGAGACCUGCUCGCUGUCCUGCCCCUCCAAGGCCCUGUUCGUCGCAGAUUCCGAAAACAGCUACACUUUCAGCUGUGGAGUUCCGACGCAGUCCGGCAAGACCCCGCAGAAGCGCAAUACCACAGCCCCCACGCCGAGCUGCGCAGAUAUCUUAGCUCCACCGAUUAAGCAAAAAGCCCGCUUUAAGAUUAAGGAUGCAAAGUGUCACCUGAAGCCGCGCAACAAGGAGAAGUUCAGAGACGCAGCGAAGCAGAGCAUGCAAGGCAGCCAGCUGCCCUGUGCGGACGACUGCCAGGUCACCUUCGUCAACCUGAAGUGUGACUCAUCCAGGAAGAGGCGUCGGGGUCGGAAGUCUCCUUCUAAAGAAGUGUCUCACAUCACCGCUGAGUUCGAAGUGGAGAUGAAGGAGGAAGAGGUGUCAGACUCUUGUAACGUGGACUGCGCCCGCAAGAAAAUGGAACACAAACUGCAGGCAGCGAUGAAGACCCUGAGGAAGUCCAUCAGCAAGCAGCAGUUCUACCUCCAGUUCUCCGGAACAGAGUACGAAGUCGCCCAGAAGCCUGCCAAGCUGCCAGACAGCCAGGAUUCCUGCAGCACAGGCCAGGUUCCCCGAGAAGGGAAGUGUGUCAGGUGUAGUGUGGGCACGUUCUACAGCGGCGAACAGCACCAGUGUGUCCAGUGUCCCCCCGGCACAUACCAGGACACAGAGGGCCAGCUGUCCUGUGAGCCCUGCCCCAGCAACGAAGGCCUGGGUAUCGCUGGGGCCAGGAAUGUGUCUGAGUGUGGAGGUCAGUGCCCCCCUGGGCAUUUCUCAGCCAACGGCUUCCAGCCCUGCAGACCCUGUGCCCUGGGCACGUACCAGCCGGAGCCGGGUCGCGUGCUGUGCUUCUCCUGCGGAGGAGAGCUCCUGACCAAGAAUGAGGGCUCCGUCUCCUUCCAGGACUGCGAGACCAAAGUGCACUGUUCCCCUGGGCACUACUAUAACUCCACCACGCACAGGUGUAUCCGCUGUUCUGCAGGGACCUAUCAGCCUGAGUUCGGUCAGAACUACUGCAUAACCUGCCCUGGAAACACAACCACCGACUUUGAUGGGUCCACAAAUGUCACACAUUGUAAAAACCAGCUGUGUGGAGGUGAGCUGGGGGAUUACACUGGCUACAUUGAAUCACCAAACUACCCUGGGGACUACCCAGCUAACGUGGACUGUAUCUGGAACAUUAACCCUCCCCCGAAAAGACGCAUCCUGAUAGUGGUGCCAGAGAUCUUCCUCCCCAUCGAAGAUGAGUGCGGAGAUGUUCUGGUUAUGAGGAAAAGCGCUCUGCCUACCUCAAUAACAACCUAUGAGACCUGUCAGACGUAUGAGAGACCUAUAGCCUUUACAUCGCGGUCUAGGAAGCUGUGGAUACAGUUCAAGUCCAACGAGGGCAACAGUGGGAAGGGAUUCCAGGUGCCAUAUGUGACUUACGAUGAGGACUACCAGCAGUUAAUAGAAGAUAUUGUCCGGGAUGGGAGGCUAUAUGCUUCUGAGAAUCAUCAAGAAAUAUUAAAAGACAAAAAACUGAUCAAAGCACUUUUUGAUGUACUGGCUCACCCACAAAACUACUUCAAAUACACAGCGCAGGAGUCAAAGGAAAUGUUCCCAAGAUCCUUCAUUAAGCUGCUCCGGUCAAAAGUGUCCAGAUUUCUACGGCCGUACAAAUAGCCUCCCAGUCUGUCCUCAGCAUUCCUGAUAGCCAUCACCUACCGCUCCGCCACAGGAGAAAGACAACAGUCUCUCUGCUCCCCUCUCACGCCAAGUCUUCACUAUGACUUUAAACCUUUGGAAUGUUCUUCAGUAUUGCUAAGGAAUAUUUAUAUUUUGUGUGCUAGAACUUACAAAAAACCUUAUUAUGGAUGCUUUUUAAAAUAUUUUUUUAUAUUUGUUUAAUGGUUUUAUUUCUUUUUUUUAAACGACCCGGAAGUGCACAGAGUCUAGGCUAUAAAUCAAGAUGUGCACUAAAAGAUUCUUCUCUCCCUUUGACAGAAGAAAGAAUAGCAAACAUUGGGAUUCCCACUGGACCUACUCAGUGCAGGAAGAAUGAAAAGACCCAGUAGAGAAAAAAAUCAAUCAAGUACAUUUGAAAAAUAAUUUUAAAAAUAGCAAAGCAAAAUAAAAACUACCUGCAAGUAACUUAUGUUACAAAAGGAAUAAAUGUCUGUUUCAUACAGUAACUAAUAUUUGGGACUUUAAUUGCACUUGAAUUUUAUAUUGUAAGCUGUAGGAAAGAAACAUGUGUUCCAUUCUCCUGCUGCUUGUGUUGUAUAGAUAUUGACUGCCCUGCUCUUAGCGAAUAUGGAAUUUUAACAACCAGUUAAUUCCUUUCAUAUCAAUGAACUCUUGUGAAACGUAGCCUGGGUUCAUAGGGGGAAAUUCGGAGGAAUUCAAAAAGCUUUAACCCUUCAGUCUGAACAAGACAAGUGUGUUCAGAUUAUGUGUGUGCUCUCUCAUCGAGAACUGUACCAUUUCAAAGCUGCCAGAGAGAAGAACAAUAUUUUUGUAAACCUUCUUAUAUGAUGGCACCAAGUGCACAUUCUCUUCUGUUUCGAUGUGUAAACCAUAUUCAUUACAUUAAUGCUGUAGCUUUCCUUGCUUUCCUGUUCAAUCAGUAAUGGUAUCGAGAGGGUGUUAGGGCGUACUUCAGAUAGUAAUGGCAAUUCUGUAAAUAAUAAUUUUGAUUUAGCAUUAAUUGCAGGUCUUGAAAACCUUUGUUUCAGAGAUCAAAGGUGCAUUAUUAAAGUUCAAGGGUGAUACAGAGAUGCAGCAUGAUUGUAUGGGUCACUCACAGUACUCCAGCUUUAGUGACUGAUCUGCAUUAGAAAUAUUGCUCACAUUGUAUGCAUAUUUAACAGUGCCUGGUUUCCUGAUGCUAGGAGCCCGUCACUCACUGCUGCAUUGCAGCAAUGUGCCCUAUUAAAAAUUCUUCCUUCCUUUAUUGCUGCAAAUUGGGAGGAGGGUGUUUCAGAGAAGGGGUGACUCUAGUGUUAUUUCUAGUUCUCUUCCCAUGUAUCAGUUCUGAGAACCCCUCAUCGCUAAUAUGUACGUGUAUGUCAUUGUUUGCAUGGUGUCUUUUCAGGUUGAUCAGCUUAUGCGAUGUCUGUGUUUGUGUGGGCGUGUUGGUGUGUGUGUGUUUGUGAGUCUAUGUGUGUGUUUGUACAGUACGUGUCUGUGUGUGGGUGCACGUUUGUGUGUAUCUGUGCACGUAUCUGCUUGGUAUUUGUGUGUUGGUGCGUGUCUGUGUGAGCAUGUUUGUGUGUAUCUGUGCAUGUGUGUAUUUGUGUAGGUGUGUCUGUG